UCCUGGGCUGAAAGCCGCAAGCUGCAGUCCGGAGAACCAGCAGCUGUGGAGGCCCCAGGAGCGUCCAGCAGACUGACCCGUCAGGCUUCACUCCGGCUGGUAUGGCUCAAACUGAUGGGACGUGAGAAGCUUUUUUUCACAACUGGGCUUCCACGACCCCGCAACGCCCUGUUAAACUGAACGAUGUGAUCCAGAACACAGGACGCUUUAAAAAUGGCUCUGGAUGUAGCAGAUGGACGGAUUUGAGUGAACCAGCCUGCCUUGCUUCAAUAUGAUGCUUUCCUCGGACCGUGGAUCGGGCGUGUUUGGGUCAGCCUUUUCUCUUCUUCACCUUUUAGUUACAGCUGGACUUGUGUCCAUUCUGGAGGGUGCAGAGGCAAGUGAGCAGCUCACAGAUAGCACUCUUGAAGGGCUUCUCCAGUAUGAGGUUGUGCACCCUCAGAGAGUGGAUUCAGCUGGACAUUUUAUCUCUCACCUUGUGUCCCAUCGCGUGAGCCGAGUUCGAAAGAGGCAGGUGGAGGAGAGCGCAGAAAGCCUGGCUCACGUUUUCUACAACCUGCAGUAUGCUGGUCAGGACUUGCUUUUCAAUCUCACGCUUAACCCUCAUCUGUUAGCUCCUGGUUUUCUUACAGAGCGCCGCAAUGGUGGCCUUCAGGGGUCCACUCUACAUUCUAAUGGCCAUUCUCUGUGCUACUUCCUCGGAGAGGUGUGGAGUAGUGCAGCCACCAAGGGUCAAGCAACUAUAAGCACCUGCGAUGGCCUGACAGGACUGUUUAAACUCUCAAAGGAGGAAUUCUUCAUCAGGCCGCUGGAGCAACCGCACGGAACAGCAGAGCCACAGGCCCAUGUCAUCUAUAAGCGAGAUACCUCUCAAACCAACAGCCAGCUGGUGCAGUCCUUGUUUGAGGGAAAGUCAUCCAAUGGGACCUGUGGUGUCAAAGAUCCUCAGGGAGGAGCAGCUCGAGGGGAGAGACAGCGAGAGCGCCGGGAGAGACGCCAGCACCGCAGGAGACAGCGCUCAAUCAGCAGGGAGAAAUGGGUGGAGACGCUGGUGGUGGCUGACCCAAAAAUGGUGGAGUACCAUGGCAGGAGCGGAGUGGAGAGCUAUGUUCUAGCAGUCAUGAACAUUGUCGCAGGGUUGUUUCAUGAUGCCAGCAUUGGAAAUGCCAUCAAUAUUGUGGUUGUGCGUCUCAUUCUGCUAGAAAAGGAUGAGGAGGACCUGAAGAUCACCCACCAUGCGGACAACAGCCUCAGCAGUUUCUGCAAAUGGCAGAAGCGCCUCAACACGAAAGGAGAUGACCAUCCGGUCCACCAUGAUGUGGCUGUCCUUCUUACAAGGAAAGACAUCUGUGCUGCCACAAAUAAGCCAUGUGAGACGUUGGGGCUGUCUCACGUGGCCGGAAUGUGCCAGCCUCAUCGCAGCUGCAGCAUCAAUGAAGACACGGGGCUGCCACUGGCUUUCACUGUAGCACAUGAGCUUGGCCACAACUUUGGGGUUCAGCAUGAUGGAAAUGGAAACGACUGUGAGCCGAUUGGGAAAAGGCCGUUCGUCAUGUCUCCACAGCUACUGUAUGGGACCUCCCCGCCCAACUGGUCUCGCUGCAGCCGCCAGUACAUCACCCGCUUCCUCGACCGUGGCUGGGGCUGGUGCUUGGACGACCCUCCUAGCAGGAACAAGCUGGCUGAUCAUUUAGUGCUGCCUGGCGUCCUCUACAGCGCCGCCCACCAGUGCAAGCUCCAAUAUGGCUCCAGCUCACUGCUGUGCGAUGACAUGGACAAUGUCUGUAGCACUUUAUGGUGCACUGUGGAUUCCACCUGUCAUUCAAAGUUGGACGGAGCGGUGGAUGGCACCAAGUGUGGCGAAAACAAGUGGUGUUUGAGUGGUGAGUGUGUGGCAGCAGGGCAUCCGCUGCAGAAAGUCAAUGGCGGUUGGGGGCCGUGGAGUGAGUGGUCUGUCUGUACCAGGACAUGCGGGGCAGGGGUGCAGAACGCCCAGAGGGACUGUGACAAUCCAGUCCCAAAGAACGGAGGGAGGUACUGCCUUGGGGAGCGGCUCAGGUACAGAAUCUGUAACCGUGAGGCUUGCCCUCCAGACCAGCCCAGCUUUAGAUACAUCCAGUGCAGCAAGUUCAACACCGUGCCUUAUAAGGGCAAGUUCUACAAAUGGGUGAAUGUCAAUAACCGAAUUAAUCCGUGUGAACUGCACUGCCGCCCGGUGAAUGAGUAUUUCUCAGAGAAGAUGGUGGACGCUGUGAUUGAUGGUACCCAGUGCCAUGAGGGUAGCCAGAGCCGGGACAUGUGCAUUAAUGGCAUCUGUAAGAACAUUGGCUGUGAUUAUGAGAUCGACUCCAGUGCAGUUGAAGACCGGUGUGGAGUGUGUCAUGGCAACGGAUCUACUUGUGAAACUGUGAAGAGAACCUUUGAGAAGAGUGAGGGGCUGGGCUAUGUGGACAUUGGUCUGAUUCCAGAAGGAGCACGGGACAUCUACAUCGAGGAGGUGGCCGAGGCUGGGAACUUUCUGGCGUUACGGAGCAACGACCCGGAAAAGUAUUUCCUGAAUGGCGGCUGGACCAUCCAGUGGAAUGGAGAGUACAAAGCAGCAGGAACUGUGUUCACCUACAAGCGGACUGGUCAGCUAGAGAAUCUCACAUCCCCCGGACCAACCAUGGAGCCAGUGUGGAUUCAGCUGCUCUUUCAGGAGACGAACCCAGGAGUGAGGUAUGAAUACACCAUCAGCAGAGAGAGCCUGCAGGAGUCUAUCAGUGGCACCCCUGCCUCAGAUUUCCAGUGGAAGCAUGGAGCCUGGACAAAGUGCAGUGCCACAUGUGGGACAGGUGUCAAGAGACAGAUUGUGCACUGUGUCGAACGGACACAUGGGAUUGUGGAUGAGCAUUACUGUGACCCAGCCACUCGGCCGGAUGACAAGCGAGUGCGCUGCAGCGUUGGAUUAUGCCCAGCUGUAUGGUGGACCGGGGAGUGGCAGAAGUGCUCAUUAAGCUGUGGGGAAUGGGGGCUGAUAAAGAGAACAGUGGUAUGUAUUCGGAGUUUGGGGCUGGAUGAGCAGGAAGCCCUGCAGCCAACAGAGUGCCAGCACCUACCCAGACCUGAUCCGGUGUCCCACUGCAAGGUACCCUGCCCUGCUGACUGGAUCACAGGCAACUGGUCAGAGUGCUCGAAGAGCUGUGCAGGUGGCGUGCAGACACGGGAAGUGACGUGCAGUUGGAACACUGGGGUGGACUGCGAUCUUCAAGCUAAGCCCGCUUCCAGCAUGCCAUGCAGCGUUCAGGAAUGCCCUGUAAAUGUGGACAUUGACUGGUCUGGUAGUGGCUCAUCAAGCAAAGAGGUUUUCAACGAGAUAAACUCAAUACCUGAUGAUAACCACUUGCGGAAAUUUGCCGUUGGGACAACUAGGGCACAGCCACGAGAUGGCGAAGACCUCAAUAACGCCGCUGGUGGGGAUUUCUCGUAUCGUGAUCGUACUGAAUUUGAAAAGUCUAUCAAGAACGACAUCCAAGUUGAUGAUUUUUACUAUGACUAUAACUUCAUAAAGUUCCAUGAGGAUCUGUCCUAUGAUUUUGAUAAGGAAUGGAUUGGUGUGUCUGAUUACUCAGGUAUUCAUUUGAAGCAGGAUCCCAAACUCAGUCCUACCACAGUUUACAGGCGGAGACCGGGUCCUUCCACAGCUACCUCAUUCACACCCUCCACUGCUAACCCACCAACUGCCUCUACUUCCCCUUCCAACGAAACGCCAGAAAGUCCUCCGCUAGAUGAGGAUGUUUCAGAAGAUGAUGUGGUUAUUGAGGACUACUUCUUGCCUAUUGCAACAACAGCGAGGCCACGUUCUUCCAUCACCAGAUUCUCUCAGAGAUGGAAGGAACCCAAUGUUCUUGGCCCAGCUCAGGACCUCAGCACUGUGGAAAGCCCACUACCAACAGAUGAGAUGCCCUCUAGGUCUGUAGGUACAACAUUGCAUGGUGCAAUGCCAAAUGUUUAUGUGACACAUGAGCCUCUUACAAAUGAUGGAGGGAUUAAAACAGACCUUCCUGCAACUCAAAAAUAUGAAGACGUUGUGGAUAGGGAGGAGGAACUGUUGGGUGAAGAUGCCCCUGGGGGUGAAACUGAUUGGGAAAGGCUUUUACCAGAGUCUCCUCCACCAAUCCACAUUGCCUCCAGUGCCUCUGAGAACUCAUAUGUGGGCCCCACCACUACUCCUGCCAAAUGGAAUACAGCCUUACAUGAGACAUCAGAAAGCACAACCACAUACCCACUUGAGAUGCAUAUCAGCACCUCCCCAGGGGGUCAGUAUGAAGAUACUGAAAUGAGCAGUAACAUUGGCACUAAUGCUGAAGACUCCAUGACCUUAAAUAGUUUCUCUCAGGAGCCUCCUUCCUCACAAGCUCUGUAUAAUCCAGCAGAAAAUAAAAGUAGCAUGACUUCAUCUGCUGGGCCAGAGUCCCUACCUCAUGUGGAAUCGCGUAAUGAUUUGCAGUCUCCCUCAUGGAUUUCAGCAGACCUUCCAACCACCAUCAUGCCAGAUGCUAAGAGCCAACCUUCUGGCACCAUCAGCCCAGCUGCUACUCUCGGUUCUGAACAUGUAGAUCCCAGUAGACAGCAGUGGGCAACCCCAGGUCCUUCGCUUGCCUGGACAGAGAUUGACCACAACCAAAUUAUUGUUCCUCGAUUGCUGAGGUUCAAAAGCCCCACUUCCCCUGACCCCAUGCAGUCUCCAUCUCAGGGUUCAACUAGUCAGCAUCCAGACUCUGUUGAGCCAGAUACGUCCUCCCCACUUUCGUCAUCCUCCACUGUCUUCUGGAGAACCAGCAACUGGAGUGCUUGCUCCACCAGCUGUGGGCUUGGUGCCAUUUGGAGGUCAGUGCACUGCAGCACUGGAAAUGACUCUGAGUGUGACAUGACGAAGAGGCCGGCGCCGGCUCGCCGCUGCUACCUACGGCCAUGUUCCGCCUGGAAGAUGAGCAAUUGGAGCAAGUGCUCGAAAAACUGCGGGGGAGGCGUGAAGCUGCGUGAGGUUCAGUGUUACGACAUGCGCGACCAAAGGCUGCUGCGGCCCUUUCACUGCCAGGCCGUCUCCCUCAGGCCCCCUGCCCGCCUGCCCUGCAACACCCAGCUCUGUGUGGACUGGUACACCUCCUCCUGGGGACAGUGUUCAGAGCUGUGUGGAGGCGGAGAGCAGCAGAGACUGGUCACCUGCCCUGAGGAUGGGAGAUGUGAUGAGGUGCAAAGGCCCAGCUAUAUUCAACCCUGCAAUACCCAGCCCUGCGCCCAGUGGGUGACCGGAUCCUGGGGUCAGUGCUCGGUGUCCUGCGGCGGAGGGGUGCAGCGCCGGCUGGUCAAAUGUGUCAACACAAAGGCAGAGCAGGAGGAGGAAGAGGAGCAAGCCCAGUGUGACCACGAGCCCUGGCCAGAGAACACGCGCCAGUGUAACCUACAGGACUGUGACAGCACCCCCUCUGGUCAGGUGUGCUUACGUGACCGUCUGACAUUUCGCCUCUGCCAGACCCUCAAGUGGCUCGGCCAAUGUGACCAGCCUGCCGCUCGCUCCCAGUGCUGCAAAACCUGUGAUCGGCAUCAUCGCGGCAACGACCGCGCUACGCGCCGCUGAGAGGGAAGGGCACGGGACGAGUGACAGUUUUAAGCCAGGGAAUUUGUCUUUCUCAAACAAAAUGCCAAGCCAAACUAGGACAGUCUUUCUACUUUGGCUUGUUGUUGUCACUGGCCUACGGGAUCCUGCAGAGGCUUGUGAAGGAGGUGCUUUCCCCCUAUUGUUGCUGAGACACAAGCGAUACAUUGUACAUGGAGGACUUCAAAUACCGUCUCAUUAUUGAUUGAAGGAAGUUUAUUCACUGAGCGCAGUUUUAACUUUCUUCACAAAUACAAGUCCAUCGAUCUCGUUCACAGCAGUGAUCAAUUUAGAUGAGUGGCAGUUGAAAGUCUAAGAGCAUUCACAAAUCUGCAGUUACUUCAGAACUGAAUAGAAAGAAACCUCACUAUGUCGCUGUAUAACUGUGCCGACUUCUUUGUGUUUUGCUUUUAAAACUGACAGUAAGUCUCUGUUCAUUUCCAGUAUUUUCUGAACCAUGUGUUUAGGGCUUUGACUAGUUCAGUGUUAACUAUAGAAUGAACUAAAAUCUCCAACAAUGCUUUCUGCUGAUCGCAGCUGUUACCUAACCAUAAUACAAGCCUAGAGGACGUCUAAGGAAACGGUGCUGCAGAAAUCACCUGGUGCUAUUGGCAGGUUUGUGCCACUAUUGGUGGGCUAUUGCCUUUGUCUACUUGAAUUUGUUCACAGGCUAUUAAUAGGACUCGACUUUAAACUUUUGUUAAAGAAAUAGUUCAGCGAAAAAUGUACACAACUUUCCACUUAGCCCGGAUGCAGUCUAUUAGUCAAGACAUGUUUAGUGUCCAAAUUUUGCUUCUGUAGUUCAGCGCUGGAGCUGUGAGGCUAAGGAUGCUAAAUCUUACAUCUCUAAAACUUCGCUCAACCCACUCAAACUGAAUCCAGGUCUUCAUUAAGGUUGUUAACUUACUGUGAACUAUAAAAAUGAACAAAACUUUACCGUGCAGCUGAACGCCGCAGGCAGCCACUGAGAGAGGUUUCGGGGAUGUGUUUGGGUGACUGUUGGCUUCUAGUGUUUGUUAGCAACAUUAGCCUCAAGGCUCCAGCACAAAACUAAAGAAGUAAAGUUUGGAUACCAAAGAUGUCUUGGCUGAUCCACUACAUUUGUGAUAAAGGUAGAAUUCAUUUCCGAAGCAUUUGUGAUUACAUUUGUUUUGAAUAUUAAUCGGGAAUGUGUUACUAUCAUUACAGGCUUUUGACAGUAGGUGCAGUCUUGAAAAUAAAGGUACUAAAAAGGGUUCUUUGGAGCUUUUUUGUUCCCUAAAGAAACUUUCAGUGAAUGGACCUUUUAACCACUUCUAUAUCAGUGGAAGGUUCUAUACCAAGUAGAACCAUUUAGUGCCCUUUAUUUUUAGGAGUGUACACUGAACUAAUAUGCGAGUCAUAUUCCAUUAGAUUGUUCUGGGAAAAUAUUUCCAAAAGUUACUUGGCGCUCAGAGAGAUUAUGCUUUUCAAAAUUGUGUCAUUUGCGAUCUUCAGGUAAAAUGUUAUCCCACAUUGUUUUAUUUUUCAAUAUUAUUUAUAUACUGGGUAGUAACAUGUUUUGUACAGUGUAUGUGCCGAGUCAUAAUGCAUAAUGUAGCAAAAAUGCUGAUACAUAUUAGAAUCCACUCACAGUCCACUUUUCUAAAAUCUCCUGCCCUGUGCUUUAACUCACUGGCCACUUGACAUCCUUUUAUAAGUCUACUAUAUACAGAUGUAUGCAAAGGUUUUGGCACCCCUGGUCAAAUUACAUGUUUUCAUUUUCUUUUUCUAAGAGAAAACAAGGUAACAAGGAUGUGUUCACAUAUUGUCACUUAGAAAAUCAACAAAAACAUGUAAUUUGACCUUUUGCCUAUGACAUAGCUCAUCUGUUGUCAUGCACAAUUUAUUCCUGCUGCCCAUUUAUCAUUGGUCAUUUUCUUAGCACGGGAUCACUACUGACCAAAUAUUAUUUAGGUAGCGGACCAUUCCCAACACAAUAGAAAAUAUGAAUAAAAAAUGUACAAAAAUUCCCUUUCUCUCUCUUUCUCUGUCUCUCUGUGUCUCUGUCUCUGUCUCUAGGUGCUCUGUGGUCAAAAAUAGACCAUUAAUGAAGGGCUAGAGGUUAGGUUGCACAAAUUGUGCAUCAGCAGAUGGGCUGCUGUCUCUGUACACCAGGUGGAGCUUCCAGGUAGGGAUUUCUAAUAAAGUGGCUGGUGCGUGUAGAUUAGUAAGCUCUAAGCCUGACUGACUUAAAUGUACGUAAGCCAGAAAUGAAUUUGGCUAAAGUUGCUGAAAGGCAUUAGUUGUGGACGUGUUCUUCAUUGUUCGUCCUCCACCAAAGAACUAGAGGCGAAUGGCCCUCUCAGCACUUUCAAUUAUUACUCCUAAAUUAAGUGAUGUCUUUAAAUUUGUAUGCGUCAUUUUCCAACACUCAAGUUUAGUGACCUUUCAGCUCUUCUGAUGGCCUUAUCAGUUACAGUCAUGCUGAGAUCCCCCAAAGCGAGAAGACUUUGGCAUGAAGGAGCACUCGGACACUAAUGACACUGUCCUUAAAAUUAAGAGAACACAUCUACUUCAUUCCCCAGUCAAGUCAUGUAGUUUAUAGUGGGAGUUUAAUUACUGAUGAAUUUGAUUUGUAAUGUAAGUCAAGGAAUGAACUUGUUCAUUUGUGAAGGCUUUGUGUGUCAGUCUGAACUGAGAUACAUUUAUCUUGGACCAUCUGAGAAUAUAUUAUUGGGACUGGGACCCGUUAAGCUUGCUCUUUCUUGGUUGACUAAAUGUGAUUACUCAACAUGCCUGUUCAGUAAAUGUGUAAUUUAGGGUUUUAUGUCAUACUGAGAUAUUUCCAUUCAUUUAGUUGGUACAGAUUACAGUGUAUUCUGACUGUUUUAGCUUCUUUCUUCUUCUUUCGUAGAGAGGAAGGGUGAAAACUUUGUAAUAUCUUACAUUUGUAUCUCUUUGAUUAAAUGUUUCUAAAUCAUA